CAAAAACCGACAGCUGCCGAUGGAGACCAGUACGCGCCGCCACCGCUCCAGGUCCCGGUCCCGAUCGAAGCCGCGGUCCAAGUCCAGGUCGCGCAGUGCAUCCGUCGACCGCCGGCGCCGGUUCCGACGCAGUCGCAGUGGUAGCCGCAGCGACAGCCGUGAGAACCGCCAUGGGAACGCGUCGCCGUCGCCUGACCGGAGGCGGAAGAAGGAGAAGAAGGAGAAGAAGCGCAAGCACAAGAAGGAAAAGUCCAAGAAGCGUCAUCCUGACAGCGCGCCGUCGUCGCCUCGCAUCCACGACUCGGCCAACGUGUUUGACGCGUUUGCGCGCGCCAACGAGCCCGACGCGCCUGCCGCCGCAGCACCGGCACCAGUCGCGACGAAGCGGGACUUUUUUGCGCAGCUCAAGCAUCAAGAGUCUGGCAAGGAAAUGAUUGGCACCGUCCAUGCGUCCGGGCGCAAGGUAGAGAGCGCGACGUCGAUGCUUGCGCCUGGCAACGACAACUGGGACUGCGUCAAGCCGGGUUGCAGCAACAGCAACAUGAAGAAAGCGCUUUCUUGCAUGAAGUGUGGCGCCAUGCGCCGCAUAUCGGCUUGGCGGUAGACCGACGCCGAUGAAUCUCAAUACAGUUCACAUUGCCGACCCGUGCCGGAUGAUGAGCAGCACGAAGAAUCGAUGGCUGGAUUACCGGACGUGGAUCAAUGUAUGCAGUCACUUUCUAGUCGCCGUUGCUCGCUUGUCGACUUUCAUCAAGCACUUAC